ACGAACGAGCGACCGAAGCCACCUACGUAACAACUACCACACUGAUUAAUUGAGACGACAAAUUGAGAUUGUGUGCGUUCGUGUCAAACUACCUGCCGUUGGCGGUACAUCAUUUGAAAUGUUACUCAUUUGUUCACUUCUAUUUGCGUUAUUGAGCAGCAGCGGUAGUUGGGCCCAAGAAUAUCGCCUGAGUAAAGAUGUCAUACCGUCCAGCUAUGAUAUAGCCAUUAAACCUUAUCUGCGAACCACUGAUGGCCCUAAACUAUUCACCUUCGAUGGUGAAGUCAACAUAACGCUGCAAGCCGUGGUGGAAAAUGUUAAGAGCAUUACCUUACAUAAGGACUACAUAGAAAUUUUGGAUACCAUACUCUAUGAUGGUGAAGGCAAACUGGUGCAACGCAUUGCAACUGCUGAAUUGAUUUAUGAAACGGCAACUGAUAAACUUACGGUGCCCCUGCAAUCGCCUUUGGCUUUGAAAGCAAAUUAUAAUUUGUAUUUCAAUUAUACAGGCCAGAUACGUAGUGGAUUGGCUGGAGUUUUUCGUGGAUCGUACGAUGGUGUCAAUUGGUAUGCAAUUACUCAACUGCAACGCAUAGAUGCAAGAACUGCCUUCCCCUGUUUUGAUGAACCGCAGCUUAAAGCCAAGUUUCGCAUGCGAAUUACUCGUCCCAAGGAGUAUCUCUCAUUCUUUAAUACCAGACUUUUAAGCACUACGAUUGAAAGUGAUGGUUGGUAUACAGACCACUUUGAUGAAACUCCACCCAUGUCCACUUACUUGGCAGCCUUUAUAAUUGGAGACUUUAAUGUGCAGGGUGACAAUGACUUCAAAAUGAUCAUGCAUUCGAAAGUAAGCAAUAACACCCAAUAUUCUCAUGAGGUAGCCUUGAAGACUAUGGCAGCCUAUGAUGUCUACACACAAAUUCCCUAUAAGUCUUUGGGCAAUACGUUAAUGCAAAAGGCUGGAUCAGUGCGUUUUCCCCACAAUGGUAUGGAAAAUUGGGGUCUGGUGAUAUAUCUGGACACCGUUUUAUCCCAUGAACCCGGCUACACCGAUGGCUGGUCCAACAAAGAAUAUACCGUGACUAUAUUGGUUCAUGAAACUGCCCACAUGUGGUUUGGCAAUAGUGUCACCUUCAAAUGGUGGAGCUAUUUUUGGUUAAACGAGGCAUUUGCUCGUUAUUAUCAAUACUUUUUGGCCAAUGAGAUAUAUCCCGAAUUUGAGUUGGACAAACAGUUUGUGGUUAAUCAAAUCCAUUUGAUUUUUGCCACUGAUGCCACCAACAGUACCCAACCCUUGACCAGUCCAGAGGCCAGUAUCAAUAGCCCCUCUCAGGUGGCAUACAAAUUUAGUGGCAUUACCUAUGCCAAGGGAGCUGCCAUAGUACGCAUGAUAUGCAAUCUAAUGGGAAAGAAUAAUUUUGAUACAGCUAUAAGAGAAUAUCUGAAGGAAAACCAUUUGAAAAGCACCGAACCGGAGGAUCUCUUCGUCCAUUGGAAACGUCAUUGGCCUGCAGGACAUGAAGUCGAUUUGAAUCAGUUCCUAAGCGAUUGGACCGAACAACCAGGAUUCCCCAUGAUUAGCAUCUUCACAACCAAGGAAGGUCGCUAUUCUCUGCAGCAAAAGAGAUUCCUUUUGGAUGCGCAGGAUGGUAGUGAUAGCACCUUGAAAUAUACCAUACCCAUUACCUAUACCAAUGAUCGCGAGCGAAACUUUGAGGAUCUCACCCCCCGGUUCUAUUUUAACAAAUCCAUGAACCAACUACAAUUUGGAAAUUCUAGAGCUGACGAAUGGAUCAUUUUGAAUUUGCAACAAUCCAAUUUCCAUCGUGUCUUCUAUGAUGAGAUUUUACUCGAAAGGCUAAGAAAAGCUUUUAGGGCUGCCAAUCGCAGUGGCAUACACCAAAUCAAUAGGGCCCACUUGGUGGAUGAUCUCUUCACUUAUGGACGCAUAGGCAUCUUGGGCUAUGAUGUCAUUUUCGAAUUCAUGGAAUAUUUGGCCGAUGAAAUUGAAUAUCUACCCUGGAAUCCUGCCUUCAAAGCUUUCGAGACUAUAAGCCAGCGCUUGACUUUAGCCCAACAUGAAAAAUUUGGCGAAUUCCUAUUUGACAUCAUGGAUAAGGUCUACAAGAAAUUGGGCUUCAAUUUUAACUCAAAGAGUGACACAGUUUUGGAUAUUUACAAUCGCAACAAAGUCAUAGGUUGGCUUUGCAAAUACCAUCACCAAGAUUGUAAUGAGGAAGCCCAACGUGAGUUCCAAUUCAGUUUGUCUUCCCAAGUGCCUGCCGAUUUCCAGGAAACUCUCUAUUGCUCCGCCUGUCGAGAUGGCUCAUUUGACUUCUAUUACUCCUUGAGCACCAUGUACAAGGGUCAACAGUUGCCGAGUCAAAAGGAAAAACUUUUACGCAGCAUGGGAUGUACGCGUCAUUUUGUGGCAUACCAUUAUGCCUUCAUUUUAAGCAAUGAGGUGCCGCUGGAUUCCAAAAGCUCGGCCAUAAAUAGUUUGUACAGCCAAACACCGGAAAAUGUGGAGCCAGUUUAUUUAAUGGUCACUGAAAAGGUUGAGGUACUGGCGGAUAUCUUGGGCAGUUGGUCCUCUACUGCCUCUGUGAUAAGCGGCAUUGCCAAUUACUUUACCACCCAACACCAAUUGGACAUGCUGAAGGAAUUUAUUGAAACAAAAGGUCAUCUAUUUGGUACUUCCGUUAGUACUUUGGAAAAUGCCGUCACUGCUGUGGAGAAAAAUUUGUUGUGGUCCGAAAGACAUUUGGGCAAACUUUUCCAAUAUCUUGAUCAACGCAAUGGUGCCAUUUCAUUGAGUGGAAUAAUUAUUGUAAUGCCACAUUUGGCCAUGGUGGUCCUAAAGCUUCUUUGGUGAUGUGCCCUUUUUAUUUGG